AUGUAGAAAAGAAAUAUUUCUAAAGAUCCUUAAGAAAUACAGGAGUAGUAUUAAGAAUUAGAAUUAUAGAGCCAAGAUGAAGCAGAUUAGGUUGAAAAUUAGCUCUUAGUAGAAAAUAAAAUAUAAGGCACUUAGUUUUUUAUUUGUACUACUCCGAUGAAGAUCAUAAUUUCAAUUUUAGUUGUGAUCAUAAUUUUAGUUAUAGCAAUAGUAAGUAUGCAGAUUGAUAGUAACAAAAAUGAUCAAUGGGUUGAUGUCAAAAAUUAAAUUAUUAUCAAAGAUGGAGACCAAGCUAAUUAUGAAUUACUAACUCUCAAGAAAAAUAAUUUAAAGAUUUUAUUAAUAACUUAAAAAGAUAUAAAAUUAAGCGGAGCAUCAUUAGAUGUAUUAGUAGGAUCCUAAAAUAAUCCAACUGAAUUUUAAGGACUGGCACAUCUUUUAGAGCACAUGCUUUUUAUGGGAAGUGAAAAGUAUCCAUAAGAAGAUGCGUUUAACAACCUAAUAUCAAAAAGCAGUGGUAGUAGCAAUGCUUUUACUGCAGGAGGAGAUACAAAUUAUCAUUUUUAAGGGACUCAUAAUAAUUUAAUAGAUAUUUUAAAUAUUUGGAGUAGGUUUUUUAUAGAUCCUCUUUUGUUGGAAGAUCAGCUAUAGAGAGAAGUUCAAGCUGUUGACUCAGAAUACUUCAACACUCUCACAAGAGAAGAAUUUAGGGAUUAUAAUUUGUUGAUUAAUCUAUCUGAGGAUAACCACCCAUUUAAAUUAUUUUAUUGUGGAAAUACAGAUUCAUUGUUGAAUACACCUAAGUCUAAAGGCCUUUCUACUUACAAUGCUUUACGCUCAUUUAAAAAAUAAUACUAUUAUUCAGAAAAUAUGUUCCUUGUUAUUAAGUCAGAGGAGAGCUAAAGACAGAAUCUCAAAGACUAACUUGAAGAAAUAUUUUAGGAUAUCCCUACUAAAUAAGAAAAUUUAUCAAAUUUUACUUAGAAAGAUUCAGAAUUACUAAGAUAUUCUUACAAUUCUACAAAUAAACCUCCAAUAACUCAGGCAAUUAAGAGCGUUUCGAUUGAAAGCAAUAAGGUUAAAAAGCUUUAGCUUGUUUUUCUACUUGAAGAUGAUUAGAAUUUCGAAUAUUUAUCUUUGCAAUUUGUAAGAGAUUUAUUUAAUUAUGGAUUCUAAGAAACCAGUUUUUGCUUUUUUUUAGAAGACAGAAAAUUAGCUACGUAGUGCAAAAUAGAGAUAGAACAAGAAUAAAGCAAUUUAAACAAAUUCUUGAUAUUUAAAUUGAAUUUACAAUUUUUGGAUUCAGAAAAUACAAUAGAAGAAAUAGUAAAAGCUUACUUUUAUUUUAUGAACGCAGUAGCAAAUUAUCCUAAAAAAUAAGAAACUUAUUAUGCAAUUAAAUCAAUUUAAAAAAGUCUAUUUGACAUAAUUGAUGAUGAAAAUUAAAGAGAUGUUAUGAGUGAAGUAAUUUAGUAUUCUAGACUCAUGAACUAGAACAGGUUGUAAGACAUUUUAGCAGAGAAUAAUCUGUAUAAAAAAUAUAAUGAAACCCAUUUUAGUAAAAUAAUGAGUGUAUUAACAGAUCCAGGCAAAAUCGUGAUUAUCCACAAAACAAACAAUUCUACCUACGUUGAAGGAUAAAAAAUUAUAAGAGAUCAGCUCAAUGAUUUAAACUACACCCAAUCAAAAAUAUCAUUGGAAGAAUAAAAUAUAUUUAGAUAACAUUAAACCCUAAAUAUUUCCAAAAUUUACCCAUUAGAGAGCUUUGGCAUAAUUCCUGAUAAACUCUUAAAAAAUACUGAGCUUGCUAAUGAUGAUAUCUAACCUAAACUAAUACAUGCUACUAAUAAGGGAAAGAUUUUUGCUCAAAAGGAUAUUUUUACUUUUAAGAAGCCAAUUUAAACAAUAGUUUUAAAAUUCUAAAGUGAGAUAUUUCUCAAAGACGCUUCCUCUAGAGCAGUGAAUGAAAUAUUGGCUAAUUAUGUUUCUGAUGAAAUAUAGAGAAAAACACAUUUGCUUUAAUUCUAAAAACUAUAAAUAGAAGUUGAACCUACAAAAUAGGAAGGAGGAAUUCUAAUAAAGAUAACUUGUCUCAACUCUUAGGUGAAGGAUGUCUUUUAAAAAAUAUUAGAAGUUCUUAAUUUGAAAAGCUUGAAACUACUUAAUGACUAAACCUCAUUUGAUGAAUAAAAAUAAAAACUAAUGGAUAAACUGAACAUCUUCAAGAAUUAAAUGUUAUAUAUGUAAUAUAUAGAUCUUUUGAACUCCUAUAUUAAGACUGAUUUGUACUCUAAGGCAGAAAUUUUAGAAGUUGUUAGUGGAUUACAAUAAAAUUAUGCAAAUAAAAUCAUUGAAUAAUUCAUUAAAGGAUUUAAUUUGGUAAUUUAUGUCUUCGGUGAUAUUGAUAAAAGUUAAAUAAUAAAUUAAUUUGAUCUCCUCACAAAAAGCACUUAAAUUUAAGAUUAACCUUUUAUAUAUCAAGCUGAAUAUUUGAAUUUUAAGAAUAAUUCGCUAACACUUUAACUAUUCUAUGAGUCUGGAGAUCGUAACAAUAAUCUAUGCUCUAAUUUUUAUCAGCUAGGAAAGCUUGAUUUAAUAGAAUACUCAAUACUUAAAUUGAUUGAAAAACCACUAAGAACGAAGGCUUUUGAUUAUUUAAGAACAUAAUUGCAAUUAGGAUAUGUAGUAGCUUCUAAAGUGAUAAAAAAUUAAGAUUAUUUCAGUGUUAUAAUUCUUGUUUAGGGAUCAAAACACAAUCCAAAUUAAUACGAUGAGCAUAUUGAAGAAUUCCUUCCUAAAUUUGAAUAAUAUUUGGAAUCUCUUACAAAAUAAGAAAUCAGUUCUAUGUAACAAAGUUUGAUAUAAAGCUUAAGAAUAGAUAAAUUUGAUAAAUUCAUAGAUAAAGCUGAGUAUUUCUGGACAUUUAUCGAUGACAUGACUUAUGAUUUUGAGUUAAACUACAAGGCAGCUAAAAUUCUUAAUGAGAGGGUUUUCACAAGCAAAGAUUUAUAGAGCUUCUUUUCAAAGUAUUUUAAGAACUCAAACUCAAGAUUUAGUAUUCAAUUAUUUAGUCCAUCUAGAGUUAAAUAAAGCGAUUUGCCUAUGAAACUAAAUACCUAAAAUGUUUAUAGUGGAGAUGUUGGGAAAUACAUUACUUCUAGAGAAGAUUUCAAAAAACUCUAACUAGAUCAUUUAACCUUCUAAGAAUAAUAAAAUAAUUUUUGA